GUUUCCGUUUCCGGCGGAUCUUUGACGCAGACGGACCUCAACUAUGGACGCGCCGUAGCGGGAAGUCCAAACAAGUUGACCGGCUAAGAACAAUUUGAGCAGUGACGGUGGUUGAAGUUGACUUUGGGAACAUUUUGGAGCGUUAGCUGGCCAUGAAGUUUCGAGGGAAGAUUGUUGACGUGGCCUGCCUCAACCAUUUCACGCGAGUGGUGAGCACGAUCUCCAAGCUGACCAAGACUUGCGCGCUGCGUCUGACGCCCGAUCAUCUUUUCUUUGUCCUCUGCGGCAAAGUGGCGAGUGGAGGCGUGGCCAUGUGGUGCGAGCUGGCACAGGCCAACAUCUUUGACGAGUACCAGAUGGAGGGCGUGAGCUCCCAGGACAACGAGAUUUGUCUUGAGGUGACACCGGAGAACAUCUUCCGCGCCCUCAGGACCGUCCACAAUGCCAAAAGCGUCAAAGUCAAGCUGACCAAAAAGCACUGCCCUUGCCUCACCGUCGCCGCCGAGCUGCCCACCAUGUCCAGCGUCAACCGUGUGGUGACGCAUGAUGUUCCUGUGGAUGUCAUCCCUCGACGACUGUGGCACGAGUUCAAAGAGCCCAGCUUACCUGACUUUGACGUCAGUGUCUACCUGCCGCCUCUCAAGACCAUGAAGAACGUGGUGGACAGGAUGAAGAACCUCUCCAACUUCCUGGUGGUGGAGGCCAACUUGAGCGGCCAGAUGACCCUGAAGAUCGAGACGGACCUCGUGUCCGUCACCACUCACUUCAAAGACCUGGGAAACCCUCACUGGGGUGACCGCACCUCCCAAGAUGGGGGAUCGCAGUCGCCUCGUGACCUGGAUGCCAUGGCGCAGGCCCGCGUGGACAUCAGGAAGCUGCAGCAGUUCCUGGUGGGUCAGCAGGUCAACCCUAGCAGGGCCAUAUGCAACAUCGUCCACCAGACGGUGCUUCAUCUCAUCCUGCUCCACCAGGACGUGUCUCUGCAGUACUUCAUUCCAGCCCUGGCUUAGAUGCUCACAGCCACAGACCAAAAAGCAAAACAAAGCACUUUGAGCUGCACCAAGACGUACUUGGCGACGGAGCCCGUGCACGUGUUGACCACAAAAAAGACGUGGAAGGUCACUGCACGCCGUCUGAAAAAAGUCAAUGAACUUUCAUGUUGAUUCUUUGUAAUAUUAAGAUGAAAUGAAAUGUGUGCAGUGGUCGGUCACUUGUUGUCUGAUCUCAUGUAUGGAAGCAUAUCUGUGCCAUCAGAUUCUCAAUUGAAAUUCUGAAGACUGAAUUUUGUUGCCAUUAAAAUGUUUUAGUACAUAC